CCCCUCCCUCCCUCCUCCUCUCCCUCUCGCUCCUUCCUUUCCCGGAGAGGGGAGAGGACUGAGAGGAGGGCGGGCGGGCGGCCGGCCCCGGAGGAGGGGGGGCUCCGAGCGGGGACUGUGACUAGAAGGAGCAGUAGCAGCAGCAGCACGAGAAGAUGCUGAGGAUGCGGACCACCGGGUGGGCGCGCGGCUGGUGCCUGAGCUGCUGCCUCCUCUUGCCGCUCUCGCUCAGCCUGGCGGCGGCCAAGCAACUCCUCCGGUACCGGCUGGCCGAGGAGGGCCCGGCCGACGUUCGCAUCGGCAACGUCGCCUCGGACCUGGGCAUCGUGACCGGCUCCGGGGAGGUGACUUUCAGCCUGGAAUCGGGUUCGGAGUACCUGAAGAUCGACAACCUCACGGGCGAGCUGAGCACCAGCGAGCGGCGCAUCGACCGCGAGAAGUUGCCCCAGUGUCAGAUGAUCUUCGACGAGAACGAGUGCUUCUUGGACUUCGAGGUGUCGGUGAUCGGGCCGUCGCAGAGCUGGGUGGACCUGUUCGAGGGUCGGGUCAUCGUGCUGGACAUCAACGACAACACGCCCACCUUCCCGUCGCCGGUGCUCACGCUCACCGUGGAGGAGAACCGGCCGGUGGGCACGCUCUACCUGCUGCCCACCGCCACCGACCGCGACUUCGGCCGCAACGGCAUCGAGCGCUACGAGCUGCUCCAGGAGCCCGGGGGCGGCGGCGGCGGCGAGGGCCGGCGCCCCGGGGCUGCCGACAGCGCCCCCUACCCCGGGGGCGGCGGGAACGGCGCCGGCGGCGGCUCCAAGCGGCGGCUGGACUCGCCCGAGGGCGGCGGCGGCAGCGGCACCAGCCCCGGCGGCGGCGGCGGCGGCCGGAGCAGCGUGUUUGAACUGCAGGUGGCCGACACCCCGGAUGGCGAGAAGCAGCCGCAGCUGAUCGUGAAGGGGGCGCUGGACCGCGAGCAGCGCGACUCGUACGAGCUGACCCUGCGGGUGCGUGACGGCGGCGAGCCGCCCCGCUCCUCGCAGGCUAUCCUGCGGGUGCUCAUCACCGACGUGAACGACAACAGCCCCCGCUUCGAGAAGAGCGUGUACGAGGCCGACCUAGCGGAGAACAGCGCCCCGGGCACCCCCAUCCUGCAGCUGCGGGCCGCCGAUCUGGACGUGGGGGUCAACGGGCAGAUCGAGUACGUGUUCGGCGCCGCCACCGAGUCCGUGCGGCGGCUGCUGCGCCUCGACGAGACCUCGGGCUGGCUCAGCGUCCUGCACCGCAUCGACCGCGAGGAGGUCAACCAGCUGCGCUUCACCGUCAUGGCCCGCGACCGCGGGCAGCCCCCCAAGACCGACAAGGCCACGGUGGUGCUCAACAUCAAGGACGAGAACGACAACGUGCCGUCCAUCGAGAUCCGCAAGAUCGGCCGCAUCCCCCUCAAGGACGGGGUGGCCAACGUGGCCGAGGACGUGCUGGUCGACACGCCCAUCGCCCUGGUGCAGGUGUCGGACCGAGAUCAAGGCGAGAACGGGGUGGUCACCUGCACCGUGGUGGGCGACGUGCCCUUCCAGCUCAAGCCGGCCAGCGACACCGAGGGCGACCAGAACAAGAAGAAGUACUUCCUGCACACCUCUGCCCCGCUGGACUAUGAGACCACCCGGGAGUUCAAUGUGGUCAUCGUGGCGGUGGACUCGGGCAGCCCCAGCCUCUCCAGCAACAAUUCCCUGAUUGUCAAGGUGGGGGACACCAACGACAACCCGCCCGUCUUCGGCCAGUCCGUGGUGGAAGUGUACUUCCCUGAGAACAACAUCCCCGGGGAGAGGGUGGCCACUGUGCUGGCCACCGACGCGGACAGCGGGAAGAACGCAGAGAUCGCCUACUCUCUGGACUCCUCCGUGCUGGGGAUCUUCGCCAUCGACCCCGAUUCCGGGGACAUCCUGGUCAACACCGUGCUGGACCGCGAGCAGACAGACAGGUAUGAGUUUAAAGUGAAUGCCAAAGACAAAGGCGUGCCCGUUCUGCAGGGCAGCACCAGGGUGAUCGUGCAGGUGGCUGACAAGAAUGACAAUGACCCUAAGUUUAUGCAGGACGUCUUUACCUUUUAUGUGAAAGAAAACUUACAGCCCAACAGCCCCGUGGGCAUGGUCACGGUGAUGGACGCUGACAAGGGGCGCAACGCAGAGAUGAGCUUGUAUAUAGAGGAGAACAGUAACAUCUUUUCCAUUGAAAAUGACACGGGGACCAUUUACUCCACCAUGUCUUUUGACCGGGAACACCAGACCACCUACACCUUCCGAGUCAAAGCUGUGGAUGGGGGAGAUCCCCCUCGAUCGGCCACUGCCACCGUUUCUCUCUUUGUGAUGGAUGAGAAUGACAAUGCCCCCACGGUCACCCUUCCAAGAAAUAUUUCCUAUAUUUUACUGCCGCCUUCGAGUAAUGUCAGAACAGUCGUAGCUACAGUGUUGGCAACAGACAGUGAUGAUGGUAUCAAUGCAGAUCUUAACUAUAGCAUUGUGGGAGGGAAUCCCUUCAAGCUCUUUGAGAUUGAUGCCACUAGUGGUGUGGUUUCCUUAGUGGGCAAACUCACCCAGAAGCAUUACGGCUUGCACAGGUUGGUGGUGCAAGUGAAUGACAGUGGGCAGCCUUCCCAGUCCACCACAACUCUAGUGCAUGUGUUUGUCAAUGAGAGUGUUUCCAAUGCCACCGUGAUUGACUCCCAGAUAGCCAGAAGUUUGCACACUCCGCUCACCCAGGAUAUAGCUGGUGACCCCAGCUAUGAAAUGAGCAAACAGAGACUCAGUAUCGUCAUCGGGGUGGUAGCUGGAAUUAUGACGGUGAUUCUCAUAAUCUUAAUUGUAGUGAUGGCAAGGUACUGCAGGUCCAAAAAUAAGAACGGCUAUGAAGCAGGCAAGAAAGAUCAUGAAGACUUUUUUACACCCCAACAGCAUGACAAAUCUAAAAAGCCUAAAAAAGACAAGAAAAAUAAAAAGUCAAAGCAGCCUCUCUACAGCAGCAUUGUCACUGUAGAAGCUUCUAAACCAAAUGGACAGAGGUAUGACAGUGUCAAUGAGAAGCUCUCAGACAGCCCCAGCAUGGGGCGGUACCGGUCAGUGAAUGGUGGGCCUGGAAGUCCUGACCUGGCCAGGCAUUACAAAUCGAGUUCCCCAUUGCCCACUGUCCAGCUUCACCCCCAGUCACCAACUGCAGGAAAAAAACACCAGGCCGUACAAGAUCUACCACCAGCCAACACAUUUGUGGGAGCAGGAGACAACAUUUCCAUUGGAUCAGAUCACUGCUCCGAAUACAGCUGUCAAACCAAUAACAAGUACAGCAAACAGCCAUUUCGUAGAGUGACGUUUUCUGUUGUGAGUCAGCCCCAGGACCCUCACCAGGGGUCACUGCAGAGUUGCUAUGACAGCGGGCUGGAGGAGUCAGAAACACCAAGCAGUAAGAGUUCAUCAGGGCCAAGACUGGGUGCCCUUCCACUCCCAGAAGACAACUAUGAAAGGACCACGCCGGAUGGCAGUGUUGGUGAGGCAGAGCAUAUGGAAAAUGAUUCAAGACCUCUUCCUGAUGUUGCCCUGACUGGGAAGUGCACACGGGAAUGUGAUGAGUAUGGUCACUCAGACUCCUGCUGGAUGCCCGUCCGUACUUCUCCGGAGCGGAAGAAGAGCCAGCCCAAACUCUCCACCUUCAUGCCUGUUGAUGAGCGAGGAAGCCAGGAAAAGCUGGCCAAUGGCGAGGCUGCCAUCAUGGGUGACCGCAACAGAAACCUCCUGAACAAAAAGUUGACCUCCUCCUAUGAGACCUUCAGCGCAGCUAGUUUCAGCAAAAAUGAGGAAGCCAACCCUGAGGAUAUUCCCCUGACAAAAACAGGGGAAUACAAGCCAUCUCCUGUCAAUACUCUCACUAGAAGAGAAGUGUACCUGUAGGCUAAAGGAGCAACAGCAAAAUUCUUUUUCUGAAUGAGAAGGAGAAUAAGGGGUGACACAAAGAGAAAGUGUUUAAUGGAAACGAGGGGGCUACCAAAGAGACAAAGCUUUGCCUGCCACUUCUGCCUCCAGAUCAGGCCUUGAGCGAUACUAUUAGCCUGAUUGUAAUGUACUAUGUAGAAACCAUCCCUGUUACUUGCAUGUCUGAUCCCCCCCACUGAUUCCUAACACCCACUUUUCCUCUUCUGCAACCCCCCCCCAAAAAAGAAAAAAAAAACAAGAUGGCUGCAAGUUUCUUUUAUGGUUACAAGCCUGAUUAGCAGAACACAACACACAUUCAUUUUCCCUUAGCUGAAGCAUGGUUGUAGUCACUUUGAUUUAGUUUGAGUGUUAUCCGGCUGGUCAAAGGAAAAAAAAAAAGGCAAAUUAGAAAAAAUAUAUUUCAGACGUAUCCAGUUUGCCCUUCAUUAUUAUGAAGGGCAAUCCCUCAAAAGUGAUCCAAUUCAGAAUAUCUCAAAAAACACAGCCCUUACAAAGAGGGACUCUAGUCCGCAUUUGGGAAGAUCCAUCCCAGCUUUGAAAUUUUAAUUUAAAGAAUGAGAGUAAAAUAAUACCCAGUUGGUGAGUGUUGUCCCAAGUUGUCAUCUGUUAUUCUUUUUAAGUCAGAAGCAUUAAUCAACUUCAUGCUUUCAUUGAGUAUUAUUAGUGUAAACACAAUCUUGAUUAAAUAUAUCUAUUACACUAGUUAUAAAUUGUAAAAGUAUACAUAUCUAUUUUUCUGAACAGCAUCACUAUUAUAAAGUAACUGGAACAAUUGUGUCAUUAAAAGGCCAAAGAACAUAAGGCAGAUCAGGGAAAUUAUGAAAUAGAUUUGGUCUUGACAAGAAAAUCCACUCAACAAAAGCAACUGAAUCCAUGCACUCAAAAUAGCUCAGAGACUGCUUUGUUUUAUGUUGUCUCUAUACCCAGAAAAUAUGUUUUUAUUUGUAAAUUUGUUUUAUUUGCCAUUGUAAAAAUGAAAAACUAAUGAGCCCCCUUUGUGGAUUAUACUGGGUAAUUAGUUUUUAAAAGUAUCAGGGAAGAUUCCAUUUUAAAAAAAUAAAAAAUGUGUUGUGACUAGGUUAUGGACAGAAAGACAUAUUACAUACAGUCAUAGGAAAACAUCCACACUUACUAUAAUUGAAGAUAGGCUAUGCUAGAACUAUUAUCCAUAUUGCAAGAGGCCAAUGGCAUAUUUUACUUGUUCUAUGCACACUUUCAUAUAAUACAAGUGCAUUAAUUCUGAAUCCUGUGCAAUACAGAACUAUUUCAAGACAGCAUUGAAAUAAGGUGACACUUUGUGUGUGUGUGUGUAUAUAUAUAUAUAUAUACAUAUAUAUGUAUAUAUAUAUCCUAAAACAAAUUCAAACUAAACAUAAAAUUAAUUUUGGUGGUGAUAUAUUUUAAAGUGUACAUCUCAAAGUGGAAACUAUGCAGUUUAGUAUGUGUAUGUGUGGUAAAACAAAAUAUGAAGGCCAGGGACACAGUAAAUUGCCUUGCCACACACCCAAGGUAGGUUGCAGUCCAGGUACAUAAAUAGACCCCUGAGCCCUGUCAGGAGAGAUCCCGGAGCACAGAGCAGGGAUUAUGGCAUGAACACUACUGGGUGUGGGCCCAAACUACAAAACAAAGCAAAAAGAAAAA